UAGGGUGACGUCAUGUAUAUGGCAACCGUAGGUGUGUAGCCGUAGGUUGGGAAUUCCUUUUGUAUUGUGAGUUGGCGUUAAACGGUUGAUAGGGAAGGGCAGGUCUAGAAGCAGUCAUUUCUGCAAUUGGAGAAGGUGGAGAGGCACUCCUGACAAGAUUUCAACAAUAUUACAAAAAAUUAGGAUUUCAAGAUGCCAAAGCCAAACACAGAUGUCAGCUCCAUGUCACCAAAUGCAAUGCAAGUGAGCGAACAUAGGGAAUUCAAGGAUGACAUAAAAGUUCAUAAACUAGAUCACAUGGCAGAAUUUACAAGGAGUCUUACUGCUGACGCAAAAGCAGCUGUUGCUCUUGGAUCUUGUUUGGAUAUGAGUGCUGCAAAGAAGUUCGUAGAGAUUAUAGAAAGAUGUGAUGGAACUCUGAUAACUUCUGGCAUUGGAAAAUCUGGAAUAGUUGCAGAAAGAAUGGCUGCAUCACUGUCCUCAACUGGAACACCUGCCCAUUAUGUGCAUGGUGCUGAAUGGACCCAUGGAGAUCUUGGGAAAGCACGCAGAGGAGAUGUCUGUGUGUUCUUUUCGCACAGCGGUAACACAAAAGAGUGUGUGUUUGCUUCACAAGUUUUGAGAGAAAGAGGUGUCCAUAUUUUAGCAAUCGUUGGCAAGCCAGAUUGCAACAUGGCAAAAGUUAGUGAUGCUAUCCUUACAUACCAAGUAGACCACCCUCUAGAAGAACCAAUUGGUGGAGUACCAACAACAAGUGUCAUGCUACAGGAAAUGGUUGUAAAUGCCGUUGUAGCUGAAAUGAUAAAAAGGAGGAAGUACACAAAAGUUGAAUUCGCUCGCAAUCAUCCUGGAGGGUCUUUGGGAAAACUUUUAUGUGACAAAGAAGGGAAACCAAUGUAAUAAGUAGUCAAAUUAGCUAUUCGUUUGAGAUUUAACCAAAGCUUAUUUAACUGCUAAUCCAAAUCAAAGUGUUUUGUUUCUUUAGCAUACAAGUGGUCACAUAUAUACGAAUAUAUUCACCAUAUUAUCUUUUUACGCAGUUACAAUAUUCCAAUGACUAAAUUGUAUUUGUUACCAUUUCUAUUUAUAAGCACAACAAAAGGUGCCUGUCAAUACUGUUUUUAGGGUCUUUAGUGUUUAUGAAGAAAAAGCCUUUCAUCAAAUCAAACUUAGGUUACGUGUGUUAACUAUUGUGCUUAGAAAAUUAGGCAUCAGGACUGUAUUCCUGAUCAACCUUGAUGCUUUAGGCUUUACUUACCAAAUGUUGGUACAUGUACCUGGUCUAAUUCUUAUAAAUGUAAGAGGUUUGAAAAUUGUAUGCAUAAUGUAUGCUAGUUAAUUUGUUUAUGACUUAUGUCUUGUUGUCUGUUCAAGAGAUCAAAUAGAAAUUUUAAUUGGUAAGAAAUUAGAUAUUUGAAUUUUUGUUUAUCUCUAAAUUUUCACGAGGAUUCUGCUUAGAUCACCAACAA